AUGUCUCAAUUCACACAAACUCUAAACACUCAAUAUCAGAACGUCCUGGAGCAGUUCGCACGACGACCACGGGCAGCUGUCGCAGCCACAACCACAGUCGCGCUCAGCCUGUCACUUCUCUGGGUCAUCAGCGACUUCCAUGCUUGGAAGUCCUUCGGUACGGGAGGCACACCGCCAACAUGGGCUGGAUACUGGCGAAUGACCAAGAUCCGAUUCAACCGCUUGCUCCUGUUCGGCAAGGACAAUCUGACUGAUCCAACGCCCUUGUCAACCAGCGGCCCGGCAUACCUCGACGCCGCCAAGAUCGAACCCCGAGAAGGCGACAGGCCGAAAAUGAUGGCUCGCACAAUGCCUCAGCGACAGGUUCCUUACCCGAAAUGCACGGUUGAUCCGGGAGUCCAGGAUCGCGUGGCGAAGCUCAUGAAAGACUUUGCUGCCAAGUAUCCCGGCAUCCUGGAGCUGCGCCCAAGCAAGACCGAGGGUGGGUCAACUGAUGCCAUCUACGCCAAAGAGUCGUUGCCCACGGUCGACGCAAAGACCAAAGGCAAUAAGAUGCUAGGCACGGAGAUUGCGCAUGCUCACCCUGCUGAGGGCUCUUUGCAUGUUUGGCUUACGCAACGGGAUGCAAGGACAGUGGUGGAGAAGGGCUAUGGAGAGAGAUUUCCUCUUGUUUUCAUUGACAAGGGUUGGACCAUGGUGUAUGCGCCGAGAACUCAAGCAGAGGUUGACGUGAUUGAGCAAAUUGUCAAGGCCGGCAUUGCCCAUAUUGCUGGAGUGGAGGUGUAA